UCAAGAACCUGAAGCUAGGCAUCUUCUUAAUUUGAAGUAGAAUUCUAGUGCUAAAAAUUAUAGUUGCUAACCAUGGCCUUCUUUCAUGGCUUCAUCAUCGUGUGGUUGUCUCUAACUGCCAUACCAUUUGGGUGUCUUGGUAGCUAUGAUUAUGAAAAAAUAUCAUCAGUUCAAAAACAAAAAGCCCUCUUUGUGUUUGGUGAUUCCCUCUUUGAUCCUGGGAAUAACAACUAUAUCAAUACUACUACUCAAUUCCAAGCUAAUUGGUGGCCUUACGGUGAAUCCUUCUUCAACCCUCCUAGUGGCAGAUUUUCUGAUGGUCGUCUUAUUUCUGAUUUUAUUGCUGAAUUUGCUGAGCUGCCACUCAUUCCAUCGUAUUUUGCGAUUUGCAAAGACCAAUUUGUUCAUGGAGUAAAUUUCGCAUCAGGAGGAGCUGGAUGUUUAGCUGAAUCUUAUCGUGGCUUUGUUAUUGACCUUAAAACACAAUUAAAAUAUUUUAAGAAGGUGGUGAAAGAUUUGAAGAAGAAGUUUGGAGAAAAAAAGUCUAAACGACUCCUCUCCAAUGCUGUAUACAUGUUUAGUGCUGGAACUAAUGAUUACAAUAACUUUAACGCGACAUAUCCAAAGGAAGAAUAUGCAAAGAUGGUAAUUGGCAAUUUGACAUAUGUUCUGAAGGGAAUAUACCAAGAAGGAGGGAGAAAAUUUGCCUUCCUAAACUUGGGUCCUUUUGGUUGUGCACCAGGUUCUAGGGCUCUUAAUUUCCAACGAGGAAAUAAAAGUGGUAACUGCAUAGAAGAAAUGAACACCCUUGCAAAAAUACACAACUCAGCUUUGCCUAAAAUGCUAAAGCAUCUAGAGCAGCAGUUACCUGGAUUUAAGUAUUCCUUGUUUGAUUUCUUCAAAGUUGCUACUGAAAGAAUUGACAAUCCUUCAAAAUAUGGCUUUAAAACAUCUAAAAUAGCUUGUUGUGGGACGGGUCCAUUCAGAGGAAUCUAUAGUUGUGGAGGCAAGAGGCAAGUAAAAGAGUAUGAAUUGUGCAAAAAUGUCAAGGAUUACAUAUUUUUUGACUCUGGUCAUCUCACUGAAGUGGCAUAUCAACAAGCUGCUGAAUUAAUGUGGAAUGGAACUAUGGAUGUUACUGAGCCUUACAACUUAAACUCAUUUUUCAAUUUACCAGCAUAGCUUAUGAUUGGUGGCAUUAUUGUGCAAAUAACAAUUCUGUUAAUAAGGUUUUACACAUUUGAUGACUUCGAUCUCAUGAAUCUGUAGUGCUUCAGAUAUAGAAUCUGUCAUUGUGUGAAUAUGAAAUUGGAGAAUGGUUUGAAUGCAAAUAAUUCCCUUUGAUUAGAUGAGUUUAUCUUUGCUUUUUACUUCGUUCUGCUCGCGCUCUCUCUCUCUCUCUCUCUCUCUCAGUGUGUGUCUUUUUUCUUUUUUUCUUUUUUUUUGGGUUUUGGUGGAAUUAUUCGUGAUUUAUUAUGGUAAGAAUAAUUCAAUCGGAUUUUUAAAUUAUUUCCAUAAUACGAGCCUCAGUAAUUAGGGGUUUGGUUGGAAAGAAGCUAUCCCAGGAUAACUUAUACUGGGAUUAGUUAUUUUACCCUCCCACAGGGAUAAAAUAACACCACAAUCCCGAGAUUAGUUAUACCACCAUUUUAUCUCAACCAAACGUGGGAUAAAUUUACCUCAAAUAUAAUCUUGGAAUUAUUUAUCCUUAUCCCUUCUACCAAACGAGCCCUUAAUGUUAUGAUCCUUGUUGUGCCAAUAUUUAAUUAGGACUCAGAAUUUUAUUUCUUGGUGGAGAAGGAACCAAACCCAUUUUUUCUAGGUUUUAGGAAAACUUGGUUAUAAA